AUAUUUCACUUCCUCUUCUUUUUUAAUUUGAGGCCAAACAUUACACAUUUGUUUAGUGUUUUUUUGGUUCUCAAAUUAAUUAAACAAAUAAUUUAAUGGCGUCGAGUUCACUAAGCUCACACCGGUCCGGUACAUGGACCCAACAAGAGAACAAGCUGUUUGAGAAGGCAUUGGCCCGGUUCGACACUGAAACUCCUGACCGGUGGCAAAACGUGGCCCGGGCCGUUGGAGGCGGGAAAUCGGCUGAGGAGGUGAAGCGCCACUAUGAGAUUCUGAUAGAGGAUCUCUGCCGCAUCGAAUCCGGCUUUGUUCCCAUUCCCAAGUAUAAGAAAUCCUCCAAUUGAUGAAGAGAAAGAGGCUCCUAAAGAUGUGAAGGGGCACGUGAGUUAUCUUUUGCGGUAAAAUAAGAAAGAAUGUACGAUGAUUAUUAACGCAAAAAUCGCGUUUUGUUUUGUUUAGUAAAUGGAGUAUGAAUUCGCAGCAAGCAUGAAUGCAUGAUAAUUUUUAAUUGUAAUAUUCACGCUUCUCAAAUAAUACUACUACUUCUUUACUUUUA